AUGACACCAGAAAGUUUUACAGAUGAAGGUAGUUCCCUUGACGGACUAGUACUAUCAUACUUUAUAUUUAGAAUGAUUAUUACAUUUUUCAUGGUUGUCAUGACUAGUCGACAACUAUACAUAGAGAUUGAACAUACAAAGAGAGCGCUCACCAACCCAAAGUGGUGGGCUCUUGUAGGUGUUUUAAUAUUUUCAAUGGAUCGAUUCAUCUACUCGAUCGCAGUCAUCAUUGUAAAGGAUUACGAGUAUGGAUCAAUUCCGGUUCUAAUUGGAAUGUUUAGUACUUUUGGUGUAAUGUCAAGUUGGUGUUUUAUAGGUUGUUUUUGGUCACAACUAUUAUUUAUAUUAUUUUUAGGAUCAAAGAUUAACUUACAAUAUAGUAAUAAGAUUUGGUAUUUGACAUGGGCUGAAAUUGGGUUGGUGACAGUUUACACAGUCUCUUAUAUGAUUAUAUCAAUCUACUAUUUAAAGUUUGCAGCUACCUUUUAUAUGAUUGGAUUCUUGACCAUCAUUUGUGUAUUUGGAAGUAUCCUAUUUGCAUUUGGGGUGAUUCUAUGGCGACAAAUGAAAAUACACCAAAACGAUAUUAGGAGUGAUAGGAUUAAAAAGACGGUGGCCAAGAUUAAAUAUCUAUCCAUCUUUUUAAUGGUCAUUGUAGUCAGUGCUUUGAUAAGAGAUCUUAUUUGGAAGGUUGCUUUUCCAAAUAUGACUAUGAAUGAUAAUGCUCGUCAUCUAUCAAACUUUAUAACCUUUUUCUUGGAGACUCUUGGAGGUGUAGUGGUCAUGAUUGCAGUAGGUGAUGAACCAUUCAACUAUUUCUAUCUAAAGGAUGUCAUUCCAUUUCAACGUGCACAUAAUACUCUUCCUAAUCACCAUCACACGGUACCAAAUCAACCACCAAAGAGAUCAAUGCUUAAACCAACCAUUGCUACAUUCAAAGCUUUGAUUGGUCGACCCGUCAAACAACCAAAUGAAACUGAUCUAUCAUCCAUGUCAUUAUCAGAUACUUCAACAGUUGCAACUUCAUCAAUCAUCAGUAGUAGUUCUGCAAGCACUAAUAUCCACGUCGUCAACGAUUCAACAACAACAACCAUUUCAGAGGCAGAAAAAGAGGCAAUUGAAUUAGAGAAACAAUUUAAAGAUAUAACCAUCUCUAUUCAAUAA